UAGACAGCAGGCUCGUUCGAAAGACGCUUCUUCAGUCUGAAUCGGCAUCUUGACUUCCAGGCGAGCACAUCCAGAGCACCGCUCCAGUCGAACGACGCAACGAGGAAACCGAAGAUAAAUGAGAGCAGCUCGGUUGUGCGCGAGCGCCGUAACAUACGUAUCCACGCAGCACGGGCACGUCAAGCCAUUCGCGGGACAGAGCUUAAGCUCCGUAAACACAGUCCGAGCAAAAGUCAAACAUACAAAAAGGCAAAAUGUUUUCGAGGGCGGACCGGAAGAGGGCAUUGAUGAAAAGUUUGAACGACAGGGCAUUUCUAAUUGCCGUGAUUGACGAAGACUACGAAAAAGUUGACAGUCUCAUUCGCGAAAACAUUAAUAUUAAUUUUCAAGAUGAAGACGGAUGUACAUCUUUACAUAUAUUAGUGGAAAAUGGCAAUGCGAAUAUAUUUAAGUUGCUAAUUGAAAAUGGGGCUUCUUUAAGUAUUAAAAAUAGCGAUGGAGAAACUCCACUGGACUUUGCUAAACGAUUAAACAAAUCGGAAAUCCUCAGGAUAAUCGAAGUUCACAGCAGUCAUCCAUCGCCAGCACAAGACGUUGAGCCGGUAUCUGACAGGUCACAAGGCGAUGAAGCAACUCCAUUAGAUGUUGCUGAAACGACAAAUCAAACGGAAGUCAUUAGGGUAGCCGAAGAUGACAACAGACACCCAUCGCUAGCACAAGAUGUUGAGCUAGAAUCUGACAGGGUACAGGACGACGAAACAACUCUAAUGGAAGUUGCUGAAAUAUCAAAUCAAGCGGAAGUCAUUAGGGUAACCGAAGAUGACAACAGACACCCAUCGCUAGCACAAGAUGUUGAGCCAGAAUCUGACAGGUUACAAGACGACGAAACAACUCUAUUAGAAGUUGCUGAAACAUCAAAUCAAGCGGAAGUCAUUAGGGUAGCCGAAGAUGACAACAGACACCCAUCGCUAGCACAAGAUGUUGAGCCAGAAUCUGACAGGGUACAGGGCGACGAAACAACUCUAAUGGAAGUUGCUGAAACAUCAAAUCAAGCGGAAGUCAUUAAGGUAGCCGAAGAUGACAACAGACACCCAUCGCUAGCACAAGAUGUUGAGCCAGAAUCUGACAGGGUACAGGGCGACGAAACAACUCUAAUGGAAGUUGCUGAAACAUCAAAUCAAGCGGAAGUCAUUAAGGUAGCCGAAGAUGACAACAGACACCCAUCGCUAGCACAAGAUGUUGAGCCAGAAUCUGACAGGGUACAGGGCGACGAAACAACUCUAAUGGAAGUUGCUGAAACAUCAAAUCAAGCGGAAGUCAUUAAGGUAGCCGAAGAUGACAACAGACACCCAUCGCUAGCACAAGAUGUUGAGUCAGAAUCUGACAGGGUACAGGGCGACGAAACAACUCUAAUGGAAGUUGCUGAAACAUCAAAUCAAGCGGAAGUCAUUAGGGUAGCCGAAGAUGAUAAAAGUCACCCAAUUAUUAGGGUAGCCAAACAUGUUAUGCCAGAAUCAUCCAGGGUACCAGGCGAAGAAACAUCUCUAUCGAAAGUUACUGAAACAUCAUAUAAAUCGGAAAUUAUUAGUAUACCCAAAGAUGAACACAGACACAAAAUUAUUAGGGUAACCAGAGAUGACAAGUCAUGGCCACCACCAGUCGUUAAGUCGGUACCUGACCAGUCACAUAUCGACAAAAUAUCUUCACUAGGCCUUUCUAAAGUAUUAGAUCUAAUAGAGAACGUUAGGAUAGUCGAAGAUGAUAAAGGUAAAUCAUUGAAAGUACCAAUCUUUAAGCCGGUAUCUGAAAAGGUACGUGUCGUCAAAACAACUGUAAUGAAAGUUCCUGAACCAUCAUAUCAAAUGGAAAUUGUUAGGUUACCCGAAGAUGAUCACAAAUAUCCAAUUAUUAGAGUAGCCAGAGAUGAUCAUAAACACCCAACUAUUAGGGUAGCCAAAGAUGACAACAGACAACCAUCGCCAACACAAGACGUUAUGCCAGAAUCUGACAGGUUAGAUGUCGACGAAGCAUCUCCACUGGAAGUUGUUAAAAUAUUAGAGCUAAUGGAACGCCUUAGGACAGCGAACGAUGACAAAAGUCAGUCAUUGCCAGCACCAGUCGUUGAGGCGGUAUCUGACAGUACACAUGUCGAAAAAACGACUUCACGAGAUGUUGCUAAAACAUCACGUCAAAUGGAUGUCAUUUGGGAAGCCGAAGAUGAUAGCUAUGACCCAUUGCCAGCUGCAGGCAAUGCACCGGCAGGAAUACAGAUAACUCCACAGAGUCUGUAUAAAACUUAUAGAAACGAAGGCAAAUAUGGUACGUGGAUUGAUCCGGUUUAUUCUGAUAUUUAUCGGCUGAAAGUCUUAUUACUAUUACUAAAGAGAGCGAUCUCAUGCAAAUGUGUAAUACGUAUCGGCAUUACAUCAAUACCAGCUCGAAUAAUCGAUAAUUUGACCUUGAGAUUUACUAUUAAGAAUAAAUAUUAUUUUCGUAUCGUUCAUAUUAAGUAUAAGAUUAAUGAUUCGAAAAAAAUUACUGCCAAUAAUUUGCUCCUUGAAACUGACGGUGAUUACAGUUUAAUAAAGUAUUUUAAAAGUUACCAAACUUUUAAAAAAGCAAGGUAUUCACAGAAUGCCGAGAGCGGGGAAUUGGCAAUUUGUACAAAUAGCGAUUUUGAUUAUGACAAUUUGAAAGAAGCGGCAAUUGAAGUAGAACGUAUAUUAGCAAUAGACGAGUUUUUGUACAUGUAUAGUGAUGAAAAAGAGCCAAAGAAAUACAGAUUUAAAAGCGAAAAGUUAAUACCAAAAUUGAAAGAUCGAUUACAAUCAUGUGGAUUGGAACCAAAAUUUGAGAUAUCUGACCAUGAAGUAGACGACUUUCUUCAACACAUUGUUUUCUUAGUCAACCAACCAAAUGAAGAAGAAAUAAAUGAUUUUGUUAAAUUUGAAGUAAAGGUUGAUUUCGAUUUCACGACAGUGUACGCUUACAACAAAGUUAUGCUUCAGAUGCUUAAUUGGCUAAGACUUAAACAUCAAUUUUUUACUUUCAUGGAUUGUUUAGAUUUAUUGGAAGCACUUAGAAAGGCAGUGCCUCUGUGGUACAAUGUACAAGACCCAGUAGAACCAUUUACUGGGAGGAGAGAUUUCCUGAUCAAACUACAUGAAUUGAUGGAAGCGGAAAAUAAUGCCAUGGUGUGUGUAAGUGGUCAUGCCGGCGUCGGCAAGAGUGAAGUUGUAAAGAAAUACAUCAACGAGUUUGCUCCAUUUUAUAAUUAUUCAAUCAACUGGAUCAACGCAGAGAGUUACGAAACCAUUGCGGAAUCUUUCCGCGAGCUUGCUUGCCAUAAAUUAUGGCUGAAACCGAUUAAUGCGCCAGACCAUGACUUGGACGUAAGCAAAUUGGUCUGCGAUGUUUUCAAUUAUUUUGCCAAAUACAACAGCCUUUUCGUAUUUGACAAUGCCCAAAUGUACGAGAGCGAAGAUAACAAAAUUGACGCGGGCAUAGAUCGAUUUCUAAAGUGUUCGUGUACAGCCAAUAAGCACAGUCACAGGCCACGCAUUAUCAUCACUUCUCGUAAGAGAAAAUGGCCUAAGCAUAUCAAUGUACUGCUUUUGAAACCGUUCACUGAUGACGAAGCGACGCUGUUCAUCGCUGAUUCUUUGCAAUUGAGCGAUGAAAGGCAAUUCGAUCACGUAUUGAAAUUGGGAAAGCAGUUGAAAAUGUUGCCGCUGGCGUUGCGUCAAGCAAUCGCUUACAUAAAAAUGCAAAACGAAGAUUUGAUUAGGAGGGGCAGGUGUCCGAACUUCAAAAUCAAUGAUUACUUGGCAAAAUUACCACAGGUGGACGGGACCUGUACUGCUGAGUUUUCAAACGAGGACGGCAAGUCGUUCUGUCUAACUGUAUUUAAAACUAUGAAGUUAGCGCUGUCAGCCAUAGAGGAGCUAGUAGACGGCGACCUAUCUAUGAAACUCUUGUACAUGGCGGCAUACUUUCGGUCGUACCGCAUUCCCAUGGAAAUUUUAGUAAUUUCGGAGAACAGCAAAGCUACGCUGCCGAAGGCGCUCGAAACGCUGAGGAAAUACGCGCUGAUAAACGUUUAUUACAAAUCCGUGACCAUAAGCAGUUUGGUGCAGCAAAUAACGCGGUCGUUACUCAACACGCACGACGGUGAGAAAAAAAUACUGGAUCUGAUAUGGUGCGGCAGGGCAGGGAAGCCCUUGAACAUUCACAACGUCGACCACAUUGUAUCCGCGUGGCCGUACUGCAAAAAGUAUCUGGACGUGAUCGAAGAGCACCCGUUCAUUCCGAGACUCCUUGCCGACAUCCUUAUGAGGCAUUAUCGUGCCAACGAGGGUCUGGUGUGGCUGUACGAGUGCAUCGACUCGCUGAGCAGGUUGUCCGAAACCCGUCCGCUCAACUGGAACUUGAUAUUGUGCUAUCGCAUUCUGGGCUUCUACAAUAUGAAACACGCGCGUUACGAGCUGGCCGCCAGGGAUUUCGAGAUGCUGUAUAACUUGGAAAAGACACAUAACGGCGAGAACCACUUGGAUACUGUGAACGCCAUGUUGAGCGCAGCGGCAGUGUACACUAAAUUGGGCUGGACCGACAAAGCGCUGAACUUUUACAAACAAAUCCUCAGAACGCAACGGGCAAUGUUCGGAAGAGACCACGUCGACACUUUGGUAACGAAACGCCAAAUAGCCAACGUCCUCAUCACCCAGAAAAAGUUCGAAGAAGUAUUGCCGUUACUCGAGCAGCUGUACGACGUUUAUACAAAGCGAUUCGGGGCUAUCGAGCUGAAUACCAUGGAAAUAAGACUACUGCUUGUCGGACUAUACGGAAAAAUGAACAGGUACGACAAAGCUCUGGUAUUGCUCAAACAGUCGAACGAAGCCAAGCAAGAAUGGCUGGGAGAACAUCAUGCGAGCAUUUGGGUCGACCGGCUCCUCUGGGCUCAAGGUCUGCUAGAAUACAACAAGGACAAAGAGGCCGCGGCGGAAGCCUACGAAAAACUGUUGGUGAGCAAAGUGACGGUCCUGGGCGAGCUGCACGAGGAGGUCGUCGAGUUUUACGCGAAAGUCGCGCAGUUCCUCCUGCAGAUGGACAUGAUCGAGAGAUGCAUUCCCUACUUCCGCGAGGCCAUCAGGAGACGGAAGGAUUUCUUCGGGUCCUUCGACCGCGAGCUGCUGCUGCUCGAGGAUCAGCUUGCCAAACUGCUGCACGACCGCGAAGAGCUGGACGAGGCCUUGGCACUUUACCACGAUAUAUUGCUCUUCAAGGACGAGAUCAAGGAUGACGAGAAGGAGCCCUUUGACUACGUGUACAUAACCCGGCAGAUUGUCGACAUACACGUGGUGCGAGAGCAGUCCAGCCCAGCGAUUCAUCACAGCUUGAAUCUUCUGAAAGUAUACGAGAAAACGCUGGGCAAGAAUCACGAGACAACUGUCGACACGAGAAAGAGCUUGGGCAUAAUGAUCUACCACAUGGGGGACUUCAACAGGGCCUUCGGCAUUCUCACCGACAUCGACGAGAUCUCGAAGAAAAUCUACGGCGCGGACGAUCCGCGCUACGAUAACUUGCUCAAGGUCAUCGAUUUCAUGGUCAAGUACCGGGACACCGGCAAAGAAAUCCCGCUGACGGCCGCGUACGCGAUAAAGGUCGACGACAUGAAGGCUCUGAAACAACUGCUGGCCGAAGGCGUCGAUCUGAACACCCAAGACGAGGCCGGCCGGACGUUGCUGCACAUAGCAGCCGGCUACGACAACUUGGAGAUCGUCAAGUAUCUAGCAGAGCGCGGAGCUGACGCGACGAUACCGGAUCGAGAAGGCCGCACGGUCCUGCACACUGUGACUUUGAAGAACAACAUGGCCAUGGCCGAGACCCUGUUCGAUAACGUAACCGUCGACAUGGUCGACAAAUUACUCAACGCCAAAGACCUGGAGUGCGGCGACACGGCGCUGCACCUGGCAGCGAAGACGGGCCUGAACGCUAUGGCGCGGGCGCUGAUGUAUCGCGGCGCGGUCUACGACAUCAAGAAUCAUCUUGGCGAGACGCCGAGCGACGUGGUCAAGGACAAGGCGAUCAAUCGAACGAUGCGGAAAGCCGUACUCUUCCAUGCGCUCGCUAAAGAAAAGAACUUGCUGUACGACGCCACGGACGACGAGACCAUGAGCUUCAUUAGCUCGCGCAACAACGACGGCUACAACCUGUGCCAGCUGGCGCUCAUGAACAACAACGUGGAGCUGACGAGCCAACUGCUCGAUUUUAUGGUUCGCGUGCCCCGCUAUCAGAAGAGCUCGGCCGAGACCUUGGCAGCCCUCCAGGUGAUACCGCUGGCCUUGGCCGUUAAGUCGGAGCUCGGGAAAAGCAAAGGCUACAAGAACACGCGCGCGCUCCUCGCCGCGUUCCGCGAGCGCGACAAGCGCGUAUCGGACAAGAAGAUCGUCGCCCUCGAGGACACCUUCAAGGUGCUGGACAUGGACCCACCGAUACCGGACAUCGAGAAUCUCGGGCGCACGGCCGUCUCGAAGCACACCAUGGCGUUCAUCAGCAGGCUUGCCUCCGUCCAGCUGCUCAUAUCGACCAAGGCGAACGACUUCAUUCGCGCUCGGCAAUGCCUGGCGAUGGACGCCGACGUCGACGAGGAGGACGACGGAGGCUGGACGGCCCUGCAUCACGCCGCCAACAACAAAAACGAUCAUAUAGUCCGACUGCUUCUGUGCUUCUCUGCGAACAUCUACUGCCAGACCAAGACCGGCAAUACUCCGCUUCACAUGGCCGCCAAUAGAGGCAACCCGCUGGUGGUCGAGCUGCUGCUGGAAAAGGACCGGGCGAAUCGCGUCUUGGUCAACACGAAAACCGUGGCCAAAGGCUCCAGCCCCUUGCACAUUGCCGCGAAAAACGGAUAUACGGGCAUCGUCGCCACGCUCCUCAGAUACGGAGCGUGCUACUGCCACCUGAACAAGGACGGCAAGACCCCACUGGAACUGACCAACGACGCCGGGUGUCGCGAGCUGCUGAUAGCGGUGGACUCAUACUUCGCGCAAGCGAAGGCCGGGACGAUGGAGCUGGUCAGAAAACUGCGAAAGUUCGAGCCGGCCCAGUUGAGCGUAGCGAUUAGCGCUCGAGACAACGAUAACCGCACGAUUGCCGACGUCAUUAUGUAUAACAGGCACGUGGAGCUCACGGUCGAGUUCUCGCGACUCGUCGAGCACACCCUCGGCAAAAUAAAACCCUGAGCUUCGAUCGACCGGUUGUCACACGUUUUACCAAACGACGGAAUUGCGGAUGCCGUCGAUCGACGAGCGCAUUUUUAACGAGUACUGUACAUAGCCGCGCGAACGCUGUGAACUUGUAAUUUUACUGUCCAACGAUUUUUAUCGAUGUCUUUGUCUUAUCAUUAUUACCAAUAAACGCCAAUGAUUCGA